AUGGUGUUUGACGAUGGUGUGCUUUGGAAUGGUUCAAUCCACUGGCUUAGUCCUACUGGGGCUUCGUUGUUUUUCCACAUUGAUCAAGAACGCCUCGGAACAAUGCCUGCUCCUCCAUCAGCUGAGAAAUGGAGCAACCGAAGGUUGAGGUACUUCGCCGAGUCCGGUGGCCAUUUACACUUGAUUGAAGUCUACGGCAGCGCCACUCGAUUCCAUGUCUUUGAGAUGGAGAGGGAUUACUCUAGCUGGCUUCCCAAGUACCAAGUUGACAUUUCAGCGAUUGUUGAUGCAUUUCCUGUGAUGGUUCGGAGCUUCCCUGACAGCAAUGAUCCUGUUUUUUAUGCAUUUAGUCUGCUACUCGUGAAAGAAGAUGAAGAGGACUCAUUGCUGGUGUUGCAUGUUCCUGGUGAGUUUCUGUUGUAUAAUCUUAGGAACGGGACCUUCAAGAAGCUUGGUCCAAUAUCCUCAGAAGAAAAUAUUGCAUUACAGACUGGAUGUUUCCAUGCUUAUCAGUUUACAGAGACUUUGGCUGGUGUUUGA